AUGGAAUUCCUUCAGCAUUCUGCAGAUCAGCAGCAGCAGGUUGUCGCUCAUGACUCCACAGCAGCGGACCACUACGACGAAAUCCAACCAAACGCAGCACCUAACUGGAUAACAAGCUUAGAAGAGGAGCUAGACAAGAAAGUGUUGGUCAUUUUGCGGGAUGGCAAGAACCUCAUUGGUAUUUUGCGGUCAUUCGAUCAAUAUGGCAACUUAAUGCUGGAAGGCUGUGUCCAACGGAUUAUUGUCAAUAUGUUUUACAGUGAUGUAUACCAGGGGGUCAUGAUUAUAAGGGGGGAAAACAUUUUGCUGUUUGGAGCGUUUGAUGAAUCAAAGCCGAGCGGGCUAGUGUCCCGACCCCUUUGGGAGGUUUUAGAGAUGCAUGAGGAGCAGGAACAGCGUGAAAGCAGGAGAAGGCGCAGCCUGCGGCAGUUGGGCGACUUCCUCUAUGGCUAUGAUCUACCAGAUGAGUGA